GUAUGAAUCUAUGACAAAUAGAUUUAUAAGUGAACUCGAAGUAUCUAAAAGGAUGAAAAAUUUGGUACAAGUAGAAGUGAAGUCACUAACCGAAAUCUUGAAAUCAUAUGAAGAAAAGCAACAUCGCUCUAACAGGCAGAGAAUUGGACGUGUUCAAGUAAUAGAAGAUUUGCUCAUAAAGUAUAAGAAAGAACUUGAACAAGUUCAUUCAAAUUAUAACCAAAAAUUAGAAGACCAAUAUUGUUGUUCUGAAAUAAAUCUUCAUGCGAAUGAAAUUUUAUAUCAAAUUGAAAAACUUCAAAUAAUAAUUCAUAAUCUGGAAAAUGAAAAUGCUAACUUACUAAAAGAGACUAUAUCUUUACAACAAAAUAAUUUUCAUGGGCCAAAAGACGUGGAAUUGAACAAGUCAAAUGAACCUUUAUCGAAAACUAUAGAUGAACUUCAAGAUGAAAAUCUAUUAUUACAAAAACAUGAAUCUGUUCUUAAAGACACGAUGCUUGCAGUCAAAAGCGAGAAUACUCAACUUUUGGAAAAAUUGAAACAAUUACAAAAAACAAUUAAAGACAGUCAC